AUGUGCCGAGUGGAUCAAGGGAGGUUUACCGAUGAAGUCACCACAGGAUAUGAUACUUGGCACGACCAAAGGGUGAAAAAUGUCGUAUGCCCCCCGAGAAAUCCAUCAAAACAUCCCAUAAACCCAGAACCUCAAGAUGUCUUGCUAGAAAGCGAGUUGACAAGAAAGAGACUUGAAAAGGAGAUGAUGAAUAUGAAGCGGAGACAUGAGGAUGAGCUAGAAGAAGUGAAGAAAAAGACGACAAGAAAGGUACGAAUGGCUUUAGAAGAGCGGGAUGAGUGGCGAAGCAAGUUUGAGAAAGUGAAUGUGGCAAACUCUUCUCUGAUAGCUAGAAUGCAAGAACUUCAAAGUGUCAACAAUGCUUUGCAGCACGAGAUGAGAGAAGUGGCAUUUAGAGCGAGAGUAAUGGCAGACAAGACCGAAGAACUCAGGCGAGAGGUUCUUCUGAGGGAUGAAUUGCGUGAGCGGUUGAUCGAUCACCUCAGGAUGGUUAGAGACCAAUAUGACAAAGUUGGUUUUUCCUUUUGGUAG